CCUGGCAAUUUCAAGAAUUGCGAUAUUAAAUUCAUCGAUCCAAACCCUUUCAAAAUCCUCCUUGAAGAUGCAAAUUUUCGUCAAGACGCUCACUGGCAAGACCAUCACCCUUGAGGUGGAAAGUUCUGAUACCAUUGAUAAUGUAAAGGCCAAGAUCCAAGACAAGGAGGGAAUCCCUCCAGACCAACAGCGGCUUAUUUUUGCUGGUAAACAGCUGGAGGAUGGCCGGACCCUUGCUGACUACAACAUCCAGAAGGAAUCCACACUCCACUUGGUUCUUCGAUUGAGGGGUGGUAUGCAAAUCUUUGUUAAGACCCUCACCGGAAAGACCAUUACAUUGGAGGUGGAGAGUUCAGAUACAAUUGACAAUGUCAAGGCAAAGAUUCAGGACAAGGAAGAUCCCCCAGACCAGCAGAGGUUGAUUUUUGCUGGUAAGCAACUAGAGGAUGGCCGCACCUUGGCUGACUAUAACAUCCAAAAGGAGUCCACCCUCCAUCUGGUGCUCCGUCUUCGUGGUGGUAUGCAGAUUUUUGUGAAGACACUUACCGGGAAGACCAUCACCUUGGAAGUUGAAAGCUCCGACACAAUUGACAAUGUGAAGGCCAAGAUUCAGGACAAGGAGGGUAUCCCUCCAGACCAGCAGAGGUUGAUUUUUGCUGGUAAGCAAUUGGAGGAUGGCCGCACUUUGGCUGACUAUAACAUCCAAAAGGAGUCCACCCUACACUUGGUGCUCCGUCUUCGUGGUGGUAUGCAGAUUUUUGUGAAGACACUAACCGGGAAGACCAUCACCUUGGAAGUUGAAAGCUCCGACACGAUUGACAAUGUCAAGGCCAAGAUUCAGGACAAGGAGGGUAUCCCCCCAGACCAGCAGAGGUUGAUCUUUGCUGGGAAGCAACUAGAGGAUGGGCGCACCUUGGCCGACUAUAACAUCCAAAAGGAGUCCACCCUCCACUUGGUGCUCCGUCUUCGUGGUGGUAUGCAGAUUUUCGUGAAGACACUUACCGGAAAGACCAUCACCCUGGAGGUAGAAAGUUCCGACACAAUCGAUAAUGUCAAGGCCAAAAUUCAGGACAAGGAGGGUAUCCCGCCAGACCAGCAGAGGUUGAUUUUUGCUGGUAAGCAACUUGAGGAUGGGCGCACCUUGGCCGACUAUAACAUCCAAAAGGAGUCCACCCUCCACUUGGUGCUCCGUCUUCGUGGUGGGAUGCAAAUUUUCGUGAAGACCCUCACCGGGAAAACCAUCACCCUAGAGGUUGAGAGCUCGGACACGAUUGAUAAUGUCAAGGCCAAGAUUCAGGAUAAGGAAGGAAUCCCCCCGGAUCAGCAGAGGUUGAUCUUUGCUGGGAAGCAACUUGAGGAUGGGAGGACCCUUGCAGACUACAACAUCCAGAAGGAAUCAACUUUGCACUUGGUCCUUCGACUCCGUGGUGGCUUUUAAGUGUGAAUUAUGGAGGGGAACCCUACUGCAGUCCAGUCAUGUUUGAUGUCUUUAGUGAUUUAUGUUUAUGUUUAUGUGAGGUUACUGCAUGCUAUGGCAGCUGCAGCUUAUUAUCAAAAAUAACUUGUUAAAGAA